CUGUGAAACGAAUACUUGUACCGAGCUUGCACUGCAACAACUCAUCUUUUAAUUCAGUUCAGGAAGAAGAAAUAAUGGCGACGCUUCUGGGGUGCGAGUCCCCUUGUACGAGAGGAAAACGAAGAAACUACAGUAGCAAUAUCAUCACGAAGUUCACGGCCACUAAAAUCACCGGCCAGGGCUUCAGUCGAGGAACACAGCUCCCAGGAGGCCUGCUUCAGGAGAGAGAUAAACGUGCCAAGUGGAAUGGCAUCCCUACUCUGCUGCAGAAGCUCUAUGAGAGCAGCCAUCCCAACAGUGACCUCUCCCAUGCCCACACCUUUCUUAAGUUAUUAUUAUCCCAGCUGUCUGUGGAGGCCAUGUCCUUUGUCACAGAGGACAGGAAGACCGCUCAGGAAUCCACCUUCCCCAACACGUACACUUUUGACCUCUUUGGUGGAGUUGAUCUUCUAGUGGAAAUCCUGAUGAGACCUACACUAACUAUGCAGAAGAAGAAACCUAAAAUGAAUGAUGACCUGGUCAAAGACUGCCUUAGUGUUCUGUACAACUGUUGCAUAUGUACGGAGGGCGUCACAAAGAGUCUGGCUGCUAGGGAUGACUUUGUUCUGUUUCUCUUCACCUUGAUGACAAACAAGAAGACCUUUCUGCAGACUGCUACUCUUAUUGAAGAUAUUCUUGGAGUAAAAAAGGAGAUGAUCCAGUUAGAGGGCAUCCCUAACCUGUCGGGUCUGGUCCAAAGCUUUGAUCAGCAACAGCUAGCCAACUUCUGUCGCAUCCUUUCUGUCACAAUCUCAGAACCUGAUGUGGGAAAUGAUGACAAGCACACCCUGUUGGCCAAAAAUGCACAGCAAAAACGCAAUGCAAGUCCUUCACGUGCAGAGGUCAACCAGGUAACCCUGCUGAGCAUCCCAGGAUUCAUUGAGCGGCUUUGUAAGUUGGCCACUAGAAAGGUAUCUGAAGCCACAGGUGCUAACUUCCUGCAGGAGCUGGAGGACUGGUACACAUGGCUGGAUAAUGCUCUGGUACUGGAUGCUCUCAUGCAGAUGGCCACUGAGGAACCUGAGCAAAGCAGUACAGAGUCGUCAGAUGAGAGUUCUCUGGCUACCAGCCCUCUGAGACAUCGACUGCCCCAGUCCAUGAAGAUUGUCCAUGAGAUUAUGUAUAAAGUAGAAGUACUGUAUGUGCUCUGUGUUCUUCUGAUGGGCCGUCAAAGGAAUCAGGUUCACAAGAUGCUGGCUGAGUUUCGUCUCAUCCCAGGGCUCAACAACCUGUUCGACAAGCUCAUCUGGAGGAAAUAUACAGUUUCGAAUCACGUGGUGCAUGGCCAGAAUGAGAACUGUGACUGUAGUCCAGAGAUAUCCUUCAAAAUCCAAUUCUUGCGAUUACUUCAGAGUUUCAGUGAUCAUCACGAGAACAAGUACCUCCUUCUAAAUAGCCAGGAGUUGAAUGAACUGAGUGCCAUUUCCAUGAAGGCUAAUAUCCCAGAGGUGGAAGCUCUUGUCAAUACAGAUAGAAGCCUCGUGUGUGAUGGGAAGAAGGGCCUCCUCACACGUCUCCUGACUGUCAUGAAGAGGGAGCCUCCAGACUCGUCUUUCAGAUUCUGGCAGGCAAGGGCAGUGGAAAGUUUCCUCAGAGGUGCCACAUCCUAUGCAGACCAAAUGUUCCUUCUGAAGAGGGGCCUACUAGAACACAUCCUGUUCUGCAUCAUAGACAGUGGUUGUACAUCUCGCGAUGUCCUUCAGAGUUACUUCGAUCUGCUUGGUGAGCUCAUGAAGUUCAACAUUGAUGCUUUCAAGAGAUUCAACAAAUAUGUCAACACUCCAGAAAAGUUUCAGAUGUUUUUAACACAGAUCAACAGCUCCCUCGUGGAUUCAAACAUGCUAGUACGCUGCAUCGUUCUUUCAUUGGACCGCUUUGAGAGCCAGACUGAAGAUGUCAAAGUGGUGGAGGUACUUUCUGAGUGCUGCUUGCUAUCGUACAUGGCCAGAGUUGAGAACAGGCUGUCGUUCCUUUUCCGACUGGUCAACAUCAUCAAUGUACAGACACUCACACAGGAGAAUGUCAGCUGUUUAAACACCAGUUUGGUGAUUUUGAUGUUGGCCAGAAGAAAGGCUAAACUGCCCUUCUACCUCAACGCCCUUCGUGAGAAGGAGUAUGCUGAGAAGUACCCGGGCUGCCUGCUUAACAACUUUCACAACCUACUGCGAUUCUGGCAGCGCCACUACCUCAAUAAGGACAAAGACAGCACUUGUCUGGAGAAUAGCUCCUGUAUCCCAUUCAGCUACUGGAAGGAGACUGUAUCAGUGCUGCUGGGUUCAGACAGGACUUCUCUGUGUGCCAUAGCGAGCUACAUCGAUGAACCAUUCAUGGAUCUGGACAGAGAUCUGCUGGAAGAUUGACCUCCAGUGUGUGCACUUAGUGCACUGGGGAUGGGAUGGGGCAGAUGGCCACAUGGAGCAUGGACACCUAAAGCUGGCAAUGACCCCGCUGAGCUGAGCCGUCCGGCUGCUUAGGAACUGUGUUCUGGAUGUAAAAACUCACCUGUUUGCUGUCUACACCUUCGCAUGGAGGCUGUCAUCACAGAUUUCAGCAAAUAGGAGUUUUCCUGGCCAUCGUCUUCUCACUGAGUUAAAUCCGCUUUUCAAGAGAAAGAAGAGGAAAACCUGUAUGCCCACCCCAGAUUGGCCACAUGGUAACAGACAAUUAAACAACCUUCAAAAAAAUGACAUCUGCAUUGGUUGUUUGCUUUAGGUGAAAUUUAAAAUAAAACUUUUUAUAUAACCUAGAAAGUUCUAUGAUAAAUAUGUAUGAUUCAACAAGUUAUGUUAGGAAAAAAAUGGACUUGGUUUGGAAAUUACCGCAGCUUGAACUUUCACGUGCAGGUUAGUGGUGUGUCACAGGGCUGCCAGGAGUCACCAGCCUCACUCUCGCACUAACUUCAUGCUCUCUGUUGACUCCAUGUCACUCCACUGCCUGAGCUUGGAGGAAAAUGGCUUUUUACUUUCCCCCCCUUCUCCCCCCCUUAUGAGUCCUCUAAAAAGAGAAUUUUCAAUGAACCCGUCUGUCUAUUUUAUUAGGUGGCUAUUGUUCAUUGGUGCUUUCUGGCUCCACUCAGCACAUUUCGGUAGCUUGAGGGUGUGCUGGCAUUUUCCACAUAUCACAUGGGGUACCUCUCAUCUAAAAACCACCCUUCAGUUAUGGCUUCAGAAGCCCCACCCAGGGACUCAUUAAUAUUAUUAUUAUUUUUCCAAGAUUAUUUUUCUUGACUUAUAUUUUGUGUUGUUAAAACGGUGGCUUUUAGCUCUGGAUAAAUUGUAGAAUAAAAUAUUGCACAUUUGUUUUUAUUGUUUAUAUUUUAACCCAUUUGUUAAAACAAAUCUUCAUUAUGUAACAGAAGCUUUUGUGAGAAAAUGCUUUGGGAAGAGAAUAAACUAUGCAGGUGUAAGUGUUAAAAUAAGAGUUUUUGUUCACCCCAUACCCAAAGUUUGCUUUAUGCGAAUUAGCUUUCAACCCAACAUCAGCAUUUGAUUGGAAAUCCUCCACUUUCUCUGGUAUCUGGCAUUUCGUGAAACCUUCAAGCUGAGAAUGACAAUCUUCUUGGUGGCUCCUUCUGCAUAGCUCAGCUUUAGUUUAAACGAUGAGCGUGGCUGUGUUAAAGUUGUCCACAGCCUGAAUGUGCUCCUGUUUUGUUGAAAUGGAAGAUGCAGAGCUAAAAAGAUUUGGGUGUGUCCAGUCAAACAAGUACAAGUGAAUCAGCUACCUCAUGUUUUAUCCCAACGCCGUACAGAUCAAACCACUCCUAAUCACAAGUGUACAGAUUUAAUCCCAGCACGUUGUGUUCACGUGAAUGUAUGAGGGCAUUUCCGACACCACGAGUUGUGCUUUUUUUGCCUUGAGAUGCAAGUGAACAUGUCAAUUUUUUAUUUUUUUGAAGCCUUCUAUUUGCUUUAAAGCUUCUUAAGGUUCUCCUAUUUUUUAGCUUUUAGCAUGUCUUAAAACUCUUGACUGGUGUGCGCAAACUUUAAAUGACUUCAUCUUCUGUGCUUUGCAGUGAAAGUAACGCAAGUACCCGUAAGUGCUUCUUUUUCGAGUUCUCCAUUUCUUUGUUGGAUGCCCAAGAAUAUUUACAACGGUGUUCUUCAGGACAGAUUGUUUAUUACGCUGUUAUCGCUUCAGCCGUUGGUGGUAGAAGUCGGACGAAGCUGUUGGUAUGAAAGCAUGAAUGGUGUGAGCUCUUUGGAAUACCUGUAUAAACAUUUUCUUCGCCCUAGUUUCCGUAGCUUUGUGAUGAGUUUCUGAGAGUGACCCUUCUGUAUGAUGCACAAGAGAACUGGUUCUCUAUAGUAAUGCUGUAUGUGGUGUGAUCCACCCAGUAGGCCUUAGUUUUCAUUCAUUAGUUUGUACAGAAAAAAAUGGUGAAAUGUUAUCCUCUUUGGCCAAAAACAUGCUGCAUAAUAUAACACACUAUUUGACUUAUUUUAGACCCCUGACUUUGACUUUAACUGUACAUUUUAUGUAAUGUUUAGCAUGAGGGGGACGGUCAUAAAAAGCCCUAAACACACUUUUACAACUGAUUAUAUGGUGCUUUUUUUUUUUUUUUGGGGUGGGAGGGAGUGAAGGAAGAUGAUUGUAUCUCACUAGGAUUGACGGCAUCUAUGGGGUUUGCGACAAACGGCAUUUCAAAGAUGCUGACAGUGAGUAAUGUCGUGUACAAUCUGUCGUAAAACGGCUUUAGGAAAUUAUACAUCUAUUUUUCAUCUUUAUGAUUAAUCUCUGACUAACCCUGUUCAACUCACAAAAUCUGUUCCACAUUCUAAUAAACACUUCGGUAACAAACUUGCCCUCAUGCUCCUGCUCUAAUGCUGGUAUUCAAGUUUAAUUUCCUUAUUUAACAGCUGUUUGUCAAAUUAAUCAUAUAAUAAAUUCUUCUUUAGACUGUC